AUGACAACAAUUAUAAAUGAUGUUUUACCGUUGUCGGUAAAUGGAACAGCGAUACUGAUUGGUGGCACUCAAGGGAGCUUAGUUGGUAACAGUUUUUUCUGGACCAACAAUUAUUGGGGAUGCGGGAGAUUCUACAAUGCAGAUGUGGUGAAAUGGUUGAAGACAGACUGGAACUCGAACGUGUUACGUUGUGCUAUGGGUGUCGAUGAAAAUGGUGGUUAUUUACAGGAUCCCAAAGGCAACAAAGAUAGAUUGAAAACUGUGGUUGAGGCUGCGAUUGCUAAUGACAUGUAUGUCAUCAUUGACUGGCACUCAUGGAAUGCUCAUAAAUAUCGGGCCCAGGCUAUUACAUUUUUCGAAGAAAUGGCAAAGACUUAUGGUGAUAAAUGCAACGUUAUCUAUGAACUUUAUAAUGAGCCAAAGCCUGGUUACACAUGGAAGGACGACGUAAAACCUUAUGCGAUAGCCGUGAUUGAGGCUAUUCGGGCAAUUGAUAAAAAAAACUUAAUUAUCGUGGGUACAACCAAUUGGUCUCAGGAUGUUGAUGUGGCUGCAGAUGACCCUAUUACUGGUUUCGAAAAUAUUGUCUAUGCAUUACAUUUUUACGCGGUAAGCCACCAUGAGAAGUUGAGAAAAAAAGCAGAUGAGGCAAUCAAGCAAAAUUUACCUUUGUUUAUAACUGAGUGGGGUACAGUUGAUGCAAGUGGUAAUGGUACUGUCGCUAGAGAGGAAACGAUUACCUGGCAUAAUUUCAUAAAAGCUCGUAAUCUCAGCAACACUAACUGGAGUGUCUGUGAUAAGAAUGAAGGUGCUUCUAUUGUAAAGCCGGGGACGAGAGCUGAUGGAGAGUGGUCUGAAAAUGAUUUAACCGAGUCAGGAAAAUUUGUACGCGAAUUGAUUCGAAAUUGGUAUCAAUGAUAUAUACGUGGCAGUGUCCGUUCUUUUAGUUUAUCUAAAUUUUUUUGUAAGAAAAAAAACAUUGGGUUUGUUGAG